AUGGGCUGGGCGAGCCGGCGCGGCCUCGCCGCGGCGCUCCUCCUCCACCUCCUCUUCCUCGCCGCUGCCCUCGGUGGGUGCGCCGCGACGAGCCGGAGGAGCGGCAGCAGCGGCGGUAGAGCAGCGCUGGAGCAGUACUCGUGGGAGGACCCUGCGGAGGCGGCGCGGCGGAGGGAGCUGGUGGGCCCGGGCUCGUCGCCGCCGACGUGCCGGAGCCGGUGCGGGCGGUGCCACCCGUGCCGGCCGGUGCACGUGGCCAUCCAGCCCGGCGUCAGCUUCCCGCUCGAGUACUACCCGGAGGCCUGGCGCUGCAAGUGCGGCGACAGGCUCUUCAUGCCAUGA